AUGGCUUCUCAAGUCCCGCAUGGCGACAUGGGCGGCCAAAAUCUUCACUUGAAUGCGGUACCCGCCAACGCCAAUAUUUUCCACCACUUUCUUGCGAUGCCUGUUGAGCUUCAAGACACUGUUUGGGAAGAGGCCCUGGAGAGCCCAAGCGUGUUGUGCUUCACAGUGAAUUCCACCUGGAGCCCCGAGGACCAGACACAGAUCAUGUGCUUCACCCCUGAUGCACACGCAGAAGCCUCCACUCAUCAUCAAUGGGCCCUCCUUAGAACGUGCCGUGAAGCACGUCGGAACGUGCUCAAGUUCCUGACCGUAUUGACUCUCUACCGUCCCAACCCAUCCGACGGUAAAAUCACAGAGUACAAGAUGCCAUUCGACUCGGAAAAGACCUGCAUGUGCGUUGACGGCUGGGAUGGGCUCGGCAUGAGUCCCGAGAAAGUAGGCAAGGCAAAAGGCCUGGGCUUUGCGAGAGACGUCAAGCGUCUGGCGUUUGUGGUCCACGACAAGGCUUUCAACGACGGAAAGUUUUGCCUGGUGCCCCUGGCCGACGGUAUACGCCUCAACGACCUUCGCGGAUUGGCCUUUCUUUUUCACAACUCCCUGCACGUCUCUGGAGUCACCAUGAGUUCUAUGAAGAUCAGGAAGCUUCUGGGAGAUGAAGCAUUUGCGUCUCUUUUCUCAUUCCAGCCCUUCGUCCAGAAGGACCUGGUAGAGGGCUUCUAUCUCACAAAACCACACUUGGAACGCUCCGGAAUGCUGGAUCAUGCCUUAAUGUCAGCGUUUGAGGGUUGGAACGACAGGAUUCGGUCAGCACUUCAUCAAACCGGCCUUUUCAGCAUUCUGGAGAAGAUCAACCAGGCGUACACAAUUGAGCUUUGGAAGAGCUGUGAUCCCGAUCGCUAUGUUCUUGCAGAAAUCGAUGGGUCGUGCAACGCAGUAUCCUAUCUCCUAGAGCAAGCAAAACGCGAGGACUAA